AUGGAUACGUGGGCUUCGUUAAGGAAGGACAAGACUGCUGUUGGCGCCGCACGAUGUUGUGAGAAUGGAUUGGGUGAUGGCGAGUACGACGCAAUGGAACUCUUUGAAAAUAUCGUCAGUAAUAUUCUGGAUGAGAGUCCAGAAGUGCCUGACCAAGUAGAAAUGAACCCUCUAGAUCAAACCACAGCCAAGACAACUUCGCCGAAGCAAGAUAUUCCACGACUUCGAUUCAUACUUGGUCGCGGUCCCUAUGGAGCGUAG